AAACCGAUCUUUUGAAUCAGACACCCCGCGGCACGUGCCACCUCAAUAUUUCGCCGGAAAACUCUUUCUUUUAUAAAUCUUUAUCUCCUCUUUUUCACAUUAGGAUUUAGGACAUCUGACUUUCAAAUUUAUUUAUUAGCAACAAAAAUAAAACAAAUCCAACAGACCAACACAGAUCUAACACUUUGCACUCUGCUAAAGCCACUCUUCCAUAAAAUAAAAAACUAAAACAAAAAAACAAAGGCAAUUUUUUUUAAAAUUUCCCCUUUCUCUCGAAACCCUAACCCUAAUUUAAUGCAAUUGUUGUAGAUUUCGAUGAUUCAUGUUUACUGUACAUAGAGAAAGAAAUUCAAGAAGAGAGAGAAAGUAGCUUCCACUUCACAUGAUUUUUGAGGAAAGCAAUUAGCUUUUUUAUUUUUUUUUUUAUUAUUAUUUUAAAUUUUUUUCUGGUAAUUUAACGUUGGUAUUUAUUUUUUUUCCUGUAUUUAAAAUCAAAGCUUGUAGUUUUAAUUGAUUUUGCAAUCUUUUUAUUACUAUUUUUAUUUAUUUAAAUUCCCUUUUUUCAAUUUUUGUUGGUGUUCAAUGGUGGUAAUAAUUUCAUAUCUAUAUCUAUAUUUUUUCUAAAAAUAGAAAUAAAUUUUGAUGAAUUUGUUGAUUUCGAAUUUUCAAUUGUAGUAGAGAACCCAAAAUUUUGUAAAUCUUACAAAAUUUGAGCUAAUUUAAUCUUGGAUUUAAUAUAAUGGGGGCGGUGACAUCGACAAUGGCGGCGAAAUUCGCGUUCUUUCCGCCUGACCCACCCUCGUAUAAGGUGGUGAUGGAGGAAGGGACAGGGAAGAUGAAGAUGAGUGAAGUGGUGGAGAGAGAAAAUGCAGAUGUAUUGAAGCUAAGUACAAAAAAAGGGAAUGAAAUUGUGGCAGUUUUCAUGAGAAAUCCAAUGGCAAAACUCACUGUUCUUUAUUCUCAUGGUAAUGCUGCUGAUUUGGGACAGAUGUAUGAGCUUUUUGGGGAGCUCAGUAUUCACCUCAGAGUCAAUUUGAUGGGAUAUGAUUAUUCUGGGUAUGGACAGUCUACAGGCAAGCCGAAUGAGCAGAAUACUUAUGCAGACAUAGAGGCUGCAUAUAGAUGUCUUGUGGAAAGAUAUGGAGUGAAGGAGGAAGAUGUUAUAUUAUACGGGCAAUCUGUUGGAAGUGGGCCUACAUUAGAUUUAGCUACUCGAUUACCAAAAUUAAGAGCUGUUGUGCUUCAUAGCCCAAUUAUGUCUGGCUUACGGGUUAUGUAUCCAGUAAAGAGGUCAUAUUGGUUUGACAUAUAUAAGAAUAUUGACAAAAUACCGUUGGUCAGUUGCCCUGUUUUAGUAAUUCAUGGGACAUCUGAUGAUGUGGUUGAUUGGUCUCAUGGCAAGCAACUGUGGGAGAAUUGUAAAGAAAAGUAUGAGCCAUUAUGGGUUAAAGGUGGAAAUCACUGUGACUUGGAGCUUUAUCCAGAGUACAUAAAACAUCUUAAAAAGUUCAUAUCUGUUGUUGAGAAAUCACCACAAUUAAGAAGCGGAUCUGGAUUGAGUUCUGAACGAUUAGAUCAUCCACGGAGGAGCAGCACAGAUUGUCGAGAUAAUAAAUCAAGAUCGAGUGCUGAUCAAAGAGAGAUGCCUAGAGCAAGUAUGGACCAGAAAGAAAAACCCAGGAAAAGCUUAGAUUUAAGAGACAAGUCAAGAACCAGUACCGACAAGAGAGAAAAAUUGAGGAAGAGUUUAGAUCUUCCUGAUAAAGCAAAUAACUCUAUUGAACGGCCUGAUAAAGCUCGGAAUAGUGUUGAUAGAUUUGGAGGGAUGAUAAGAUCUGUGGGAUUGUGCAAUAUUGAUUGUUUUAGGCCUUCAGCCACAGGGUAAUGGAGAACGGAAGAGGCCAGUCCACGAACUGAGAUUGUAAUUUUAUCUUUCUUUUAUAUAUUUGAUAGUGUUGUGGGGGUUUGGGAUUGUUUUUCCUCAUCUUUAAGAGAAAUAACAGUAUCUUGUUGAUCCUGAGGCAAAUUGUCUACUGCAUGUCAGUUUUUUAUCUGCCGGGAUCAAUGACGAUCACCUUGUUGUGUCUUCCUUGUCCAGUUGUGUAUGCUGAGCAAAGGCAGGAGUUGUUUGUACAAUGCUCUUGCUUUCUCUCAUGUAAAUAUACUAAUUAAAAAGCUUUGUCCUAUAUUAGUUCUGACAAAUCAUAUUCUGUCAAAGUUUGUAAGUCUAGUCUCAAAUGUUUGAUUCUUCAAUCUUCCUGGUAUUUGUUACUC